AUGAGGCAAGCCCCUGGAGAGAUGCUGAAAAGCUAUCUCGCCAAGUUUACAGAUGAAAUCACAUACUGCGAACAUCUCACUGACAGAGAAGCCCUUUCAACCUUGAAAGGCGGCCUUAACAUGAACACUUUGUUCUUGAGGGACGUGCGACACGCAAUAGCUCCCACCUCCGGACAGGCACUGGCUUCUGCUACACUAAAUGCAGUGCCGGUAUUGGCAUAUGAAAAUGCUCCUGGCGAAGUGGGGCCAUCUGGAAGAAACGAUAGCAAGAAAAAGAAGAAGAAGCGAUCAAACAGGCCCUUGGAAGGAGUAAGGUUUUGCACUUUCCAUCAACUCUAUGGGCAUGACACCAACAAAUGCAGAGACGCUCUUCGACGCCCAGACCGGACUGACCCACACCCCUCCAGGAAGAAUGAAUAUUCUCGCAGAUCUGUCUCCCCGAACAGUGGAGAUCGAAGGCACAGAGAGCAGUCACCCCGGAGAAGAGAAUCAAGGGACCAAGGAGAGUUCAGGCAGAGAGAUCAGGCCCCAUUUUCUGGGGGCCAAAUCAUCAGGGAAAUCGAAACCAUCAUUGGGGGACCCCACAUCGGUGGCAACACCAGGAAUGCCCAAAGGAAUUAUACAAUGGAAGCAAAGGACCCACCAAUGAUCACUUACAUUAUCAACGAGUCCCAAGAGACCAACAGGAUGGCCCCAAUUACCUUCUCCCAGGAAGAUGCGCAAGGAGUUCACCAUCCCCAUUGCGACACACUGGUUGUGAGAGCCGUAGUAGCCAGAAACGGGCCCAAACGUAUGCUCGUCGACAAUGGCAAUUCGGUGAACAUAUUGUUCGGCUCGACCUUUAACAAAAUGUAG